AUGUCUAUCUUCCAUAGAAGACAGAAUAAUAAUAAUAACAUAACCACCACCACCACCACCACCCGCCCAUCAGGCUUCUUUCGUAAAGAAAACUCAAACACUGUUUUAGUGUCUAUGCAAGCUACUAAACAAUCCCGCUUUCAACCACAUAUCCUAUUACAAAACCAAAAUAACUCAAACAAUUCGAACAUUCCUCAGUCUGAUAAAGAUCCAUCUCAAAUUAAAAAUAAUACAGAUAAUUCAAAUACUAGAAUAACUGAUACUACUGAUUUGAACAUGGGGAUUCCAAAAUUAACUAAACCUACUGUGAAUCGUACUUCACCACCAAUUCUUAAUGAUAAAUCUAAAUCAAAAGUUAAUCCUAAAAAUACUGCUGUAAAAAUCCAACCUGUUAAUCAUAUGAAGAGUGUACAAAGAGUCAAGAAUUACCCCUUGGUUAGGGAAACCCGUGAAUCUUUGGACAAAGUGGCUAUUACAAGAAUCUUUAUUGCUAAUACAAGAUAUGUAGUAAAUGGUGUUUCAAAUUCUAGAGUUGGUAAAUUGUUCAAUCCAAUUACAAAAUUGGUUGACAAUAUUGGGAAUCAUACUUUGAAUUUGACUGAAAAAAUUGUUCCAUCUAUAAAGACUAAAACUUUUAAAAAUUUAGAAGAUGAAGCUAUGAUGCCAUGUAGAUUUGUUUCCAAGCAUACAAAGAAUGUUACUAAUUCCACUGUUAAAGCUAUUAAUGAUAAUAUCUAUGAACCUACUCAUUCACAAAUUAUUAAUUGGAGAAAAUAUUAUAAUCAAUAUAUUAAUACAAAAAACAAGCCAAUGUUUAGAGGUAAUUUAGAUCCAAUCUUAUUGCCAUGCAAUAAUUCAUUCGAGAAAUUUAUGGUUAAUUAUUUGCCCAACAAUAGAGCUAUCUUGAACCGUAGUAACUAUUGUGUGGAAAGUACAAGAUCUGUGUUUUUAGCUGGUAAUUUUGUGGAAAGAUUGAUUCCUGUAAUCAUUAUAGAUAUUGGAUUAGUGAUCUUCUUACCAUUUAGAUUUAUUAUCCAUUUGAAUAAGUUGUUUAAUAUCUCAUUAGAUGAACAAAAGGAUUUGACCCCAUUGAAUGCAGCUAAGGCAGGUUUCAAAGUGUUUGGUAAAUUAAGAGAUGAAGCUUUUGGUACAAAAAAAGAUACUGCUAAGGCUGAAAAAAAGAGAAAUGAAAAAUUGGAAAAGGAAAGAGAAAAACAAUUAGAAAAGGAAAAGAAACAAGAAGAAAAGGAAGCCAAGAAGCAAGCCAAGAUUAAGAGUCCAAUGAUCAUUACUUCCCAAGUCAUUGAAGCCCCUCAUCUAGAACAUACUACGGAACAUGAAAGUCUAUUAGAUCCAGAAAGUCAAGCUCUUUUGACUUUUUAA